AUCUUUUUGGUUCGUAAAUCCUCCAAAAUGCAGAAGAAAGUCCUCUCCCUUCGCCUGCCCUGUGAAUUUGGAGCACCUCUCAAAGAGUUUGCUAUAAAGGAAAGCACGUACACAUUUUCCCUGGAAGGCUCAGGAAUCAGCUUUGCAGAUUUAUUCCGGCUCAUUGCUUUCUACUGCAUCAGCAGGGAUGUCCUGCCAUUCACCUUGAAGUUGCCUUAUGCCAUUUCAACAGCCAAGACGGAGUCUCAGCUUGAAGAACUAGCCCAGCUGGGACUAAAUUUUUGGAGCUCCUCGGCAGACAACAAACCCCCCACCUCCCCACCUCCCCACAGGCCUCCCUCAGCCGGCAUCUGCCCUGCCUCCUUGCGUCAGCUCUGCCUUAUAAAUGGAGUGCAUUCUAUAAAAACCAGGACGCCUUCGGAGCUGGAGUGCAGCCAGACCAACGGAGCCUUGUGUUUUAUUAAUCCUCUUUUCUUGAAAGUGCACAGCCAGGACCUCAGCACAGGCCCAAAGAGGCUGAGCACAAGGACUCCCAACGCGAAUGGCACCGAGAGGCCGCGGUCUCCCCCACCCAGGCCCCCCCCACCCGCUAUUAAUAGUCUGCACACAAGCCCUGGGCUAUCCAGGACUGAACCCCAGACGAGCAUGCCAGAAACAGUCAACCAUAGCAAACAUGGGAACGUAGCUCUGCUUGGAACAAAACCAACUCCCAUCCCUCCACCCCGGCUGAAGAAGCAGGCUUCUUUUCUGGAAGCGGAAGGCAGCGCCAAGACCUUGACCGCCUGCCGGCCCAGCCGGAGGCCGGAGCCGGAGCCGGAGCCGGAGCUGGAGCCGGAGCCGGAGCCUGAGCUGGGCACAGCUGGGCACGCAGGUGGAGCCCCGCCUAGGGACGCCCCCAGGGAUUGCACAAGGGCGCCGCCGCCCGGUUCUGAAUCACAGCCGCCCCCGUGCCAUGGAGCCAGGCAGAGGCUGAGCGACAUGAGCCUUUCCACUUCCUCCUCCGACUCGCUGGACUUCGACCGGAGCAUGCCCCUGUAUGGCUAUGAGGCUGACACCACCAGCAGCCUGGAGGACUACGGAGGGGAGAGUGACCAGGAGACCAUGGCACCUCCCAUUAAGUCCAAAAAGAAGAGGAACAGCUCUUUUGUGCUGCCCAAGCUUGUCAAGUCUCAGUUGCGAAAGAUGAGCGGGGUGUUCAGUUCUUUCAUGACCCCUGAGAAGCGGAUGGUCCGCAGGAUCGCGGAGCUGUCCCAGAACAAAUGCACCUACUUCGGGUGCCUGGUGCAGGACUACGUGAGUUUCCUGAAGGAGAACAAGGAAUGCCAUGUAUCCAGCACCGACAUGCUGCAGACCAUCCGGCAGUUUAUGACUCAGGUCAAGAACUAUUUGUCUCAGAGCUCUGAACUGGACCCUCCUAUCGAGUCGCUGAUCCCAGAAGACCAAAUUG